AUGCCACGGCAAUCGAACACAGGAAAAGGCGGUCAAGUUAAUACAGAUGAUUUCAUUAAUUGGCCUGAAGAUGCGCCGUCGCCUUCACACCACCAGAGCCCACCAGCCACGACCAGUUACGCGACCUCUGAAGCAGACGAAAGCGAAUUGUCACCUAGUCACGGUUACCAACCCAAGGAAGUGGACGAGAAUCUUGGACGGGAAUACUUCGAGCCGGAGCUCGAUACCAGGCCCUUACCAGCGCAGCCGGAAAUACCAGAGGACGAAGAACUGCAAAAAGUUAUCCUCGAGUCGGCUCAUCGCUACCGCGAGGAGCUGAGAGCGAGACGUGUGGCAGAGUUCGAAGAACGUCAGAUAAGAAAGAACUCAGGAAGGUGGCCCAGACCCCGCACACCUCCGGCCUCCCCUUCACCUCUCAGGAAGGUAUCCAAACCGAUUGGAUUGACCUACCUUGCAACAUCUCAGUACUUCCAGGACCCGCUACACAUUGGAGAGUGUAACAUUGGGGUCUAUAUAGCUCCGGAGUUCAGGGAUGUAGAAGGCAUUCCUGAGGCAAUUGACCAAGUUGUUGAGUUUGCGUUUACGAACAAGGAUUGCCAUCGUUUGCAGGCGAUUGUGGUCGAAAAUGAAGACAAGUGGCAUUCUUUGAAUCUCCUCACUACUGCGGGAUUCCGACAAGAAGGCAUUCGCCGCCGCGCAUUUUACAGCCCUUUCGGUAAGGAAUGGAAAGAUGUAACCUACUUCGCUAUCCUCGCCACCGAAUGGUUCUACGACCGCAACAACAGUCCCACCUCCUCAAUCCACAUCCGCCCUCGAUCGCUCUGGGACGAAGUUAUUACCAGACACCAGCGUGAGCGCGACGAGCUCUUCAAGCUGCAAGAGAAGGAGUGCAACAGCGGCCGCCUCAAGCGAACAAACAGCAUGGAAACCAUCCGCGAAAAAGCACCCACCGUGGACUACUACCCCUCUGACUCGGCGUCUGUAUCUGGGUUUGCGACAGACUCGUCAGUCGAGCAGGAGCCGUACAGCCCAGGCAAGAGGCGCAGGGUCGACUCUAGCAGCGUCAGCGGCAGAAGCCAAGCAAGCGGCAGCCGCCCUCCGUCAUCAGCAGCGAGUUCCUCGUAUCAUCGUGAUCCUUUCGCGUCAGACGACAGCGACUGGGAGAUCCCUACUUUUGGGAACCUGCUCAAGUACAUCCCAUCCUCAGGCCGCAGAUCCCAGAAUCUGGCUGCUGACCCGUCUUCCUCUCGCAAGAGGCCAAGUAUCAGCAGUGCUUCCAGCAGUGCCUCGUGGGAUAUGGGGGAGUGA